AUGGGAAGAAAGGGGAGUUGUGAGAAUCAAGAUGUGAACAGAGGUGCUUGGUCUGCUGAGGAAGACAAAAUACUUAUCAACUACGUUCAACUCCACGGAGAAGGAAAAUGGAGGGAGCUUUCUAAAAGAGCUGGCUUGAAACGAUGUGGGAAGAGUUGUAGACUCCGAUGGUUGAAUUAUCUAAAGCCAGAUAUCAAGAGAGGAAACAUUUCUUCAGAUGAAGAAGAUCUCAUUAUCCGACUACAUAACCUCUUAGGGAAUAGAUGGUCUCUUAUCGCGGGGCGAUUACCAGGACGCACGGACAAUGAGAUUAAGAAUUAUUGGAAUACUUAUUUGAGAAAGAAGGUUGAACAGAAGCACAAUCAUAACAAAGUUCCCAAUCAUAGCAACAACAUUCCUAUCAAAUUAAGAGUUGAAUCUCCUGGAUGUUCAAAAAACUCCUUGGGUAUUAUUGAUCCAACAAAAUCCCCUCACCCUAUGACGAUUAAACCAAAAUCAAUGAGGUGCACCAAGGUUAUGAUGCCAACCAAUGCAGCCAAUGACUCAGUCAACCCAAUGAUGAAUUUAAUCACAACGAGUUGGAAUGACCAGAACCCUUUUGGAUCCACUCCACCACAAGAUGACCAUGAUCAUUGCUUAGCAAGUUUUUUGAAUGACUUUAACAUCAAUGACCUAUUAAUGCCUUACGAGGAUUGUCAUUUUAAUGGAUAUGCUUGUGUCGAAAUACCUCAACAUUUUGGAGAUCAAACUUGCCAGGUUGAUGAUUUGAUAGGCAAUGCAUGGUAUGAGAAUGGGAGGAUUGACGACUAUUUCGUACCAGAACAAGAUGUGAGUCUUUUUUCAUUUUAA